GCAAGAUGGCGGCGGCCGGUGUUGGAGGGGAGCAAGAGGGAGCGGCGGAUUGGGCUCUACCUUCAGAGGUGGAAGUCUUGGAGUCCAUCUACUUGGAUGAGCUGCAGGUGUCCAAAGGAAAUGGCAGGUCUAUGCCCUGGGAAAUUUCCAUCACCCUACAUCCAGCAACUGCAGAGGACCAAGACUCUCAGUAUGUGUGCUUCAAUCUUGUGCUGUCUGUGCCUCGUAAGUAUCCAAAUGAAGUGCCAGAGAUAGCCAUUCUGAAUCCUCGAGGGCUGUCUGAUGAGCAAAUCCAAAAGAUUUCACAGACAUUACAAUGUGUUACUGAGGCCCGACUGGGUACAGCUAUGCUGUAUGAGCUAAUAGAGAAGGGAAAGGAAAUCCUUACCGACAACAACAUCCCUCACGGGCAGUGUGUAAUUUGCAUGUACGGCUUUCAGGAGAAUGAAGCUUUCACCAAGACUCCAUGCUACCACUACUUCCAUUCACGUUGCCUUGCCAGUUAUAUAGAGCACAUGGAGGAGGAGAUUCGCAUACAGAGGAAGGAAAAAGUACAGCCUUUGACACUUAUGCCAAAAGAGGAAAUUGAAGUGCAGUGCCCUGUGUGCAGAGAGCCUCUGGUAUAUGACCUUGCUACGCUGAAAGCAGCAGCACCUCCACAGCAACUAAUGGAGAUGUACCAACCUGACGCACCGACACUGCUACACAGAGAGCAACUGCGCCUGAUCUACCAGAGACAACUGGAGAAAGGAGGCAUUAUUGACACUGAAGCAGAGAGAAAUCGCUACUUCAUUAGCCUGCAAAAGCCCUCAGGUGCUACUGAUCGUGAACAUACAGCCAUUUCAGAAAAUGUUGUAAUUGCCGAGAAGGAACUGAAGCCACCAGCAACCUCAGAACAUACUCAGGGAACUGCAAAGGCUGUUCCAGUGAGGCAUGAGCCUGAAAAAACAGAGAGACCGUGUAUUACCUUAGAUCAUCAUAGCAAGAGAGAGAGGACUCGAGGCGAGAAACCAUCUUUACGAGGCCCCGGCUGGCAACUGCAUUACAAGUCGCUAGAGAUACCAGCAGAAACCCGCCUCCUCACUGUUGAGGGAGAAUCCAGAGCCUUCAGUAGAAGACCCAACUGGAGGAAAGAGAGAGGGCAGUGGAGCUCCGGGAGAUACAACCAAGACUUUCAAAAAUCCUGUCGUGGAGACCAGUUGCCUUCAUUCACAAAUAAAAAAGAGCUGUGCGCUAGCAGCAUCUCACCAGCCAGAGAGGGGACUUAUUUGAAAGAGGAGAACAACAUCGUAAGGACACCAGCACAGAAAAGUGAAGUCCAAGACAGAGAGGAAGACAAUGUGGAGGUUAGCCGUAGUGAGCUGAGAGGGUCAGCCAAGUGGCAGGGGCAGUAUGUGAUGCAGGAUGGCAGACGAUGGGAAAAGACCAGGAGCAGAGAACAUGGAUCUUAUCCUAAAAUGCCAAGGGGCCGGGGGCGGUCCAGACCGAACUCAAGGAGAGAGCCACACUGCCAAGGGACUGAGGGGGGCUCCUAGCAGGCAGGAGUUGAGGUUUAAGGGGCAUUUUCAAGGGGAGAACAGUGACUGUCCGUCAACCAUCAGCCUCUGAAUUAUCUUAGGGAAAAGUGGAGCUGUCUUGGAAAUUCUCCUCCUGGGCAUGGGUGGUCUACAUCUUGUGGAGUAGUGUGAGCUUUGUAAGGGAUAUGCUGGUUUUUGGAAAUCAGAAUGCUGUGUAGGGACUGUGGUAACUAAUAACUACAAUGGGCAAUAAAAGAUAGCCAAGCACUGGUGGACAUGAAUAAAUUGUAGGUCUUCUAGCAAAUCAGCAUUGUUGCAGAUGCGGGGAGGUUAAAUACCUUAACUAAAAGGGCAGGCUUGAAAAAUAUAGUAUUAAAUAUAAGACGUUUGAAAAUAUGCUGUUAAAAACACCAGAGGGGAUACACAUCUCCCUAUUUUCUAUCCAGGGUAUGGAUAUGACUUGCCAUAUUUCUUGCCAUUAACUGUGUCACUGGUGCUAAACAUGGCAUGAUGAUAGCAUUGAUAUCUGUGAAAUGAUGUGCUUGAGUCAACAUAGACUUAGCAACAAUUCUAUAUCAGGUUUGGUUACGGGCUAUACAACAGAAGGUCCUAUGUUGAAUCCCAGAAAGCUGUUGUGGGAUUUGCUGACAAUUAACCAGAAGGCCCUUAACUUACUAGGUGAUGAAAUGCUUGCUCUCCUCAUAUCUGGGGUAGCUGGAUUUCGAGAUAAGACUCUUUGCGCAAGUCCUUCAGUGCCAGUUUAUCAGAAGCUGCAGAGACAACACUGAGGCUCUUCUCUUUGCUUUUUAUCACAAAUGUGACUGAUAUCCAACAAUGAUCCCUUGACUGUGAUAUGAUCUCUAGCAGUAUUUGAACCUCAGUCUAGGACUCUGUUUUGGAUCCUGUCAUCUUUGGUCCAAGUAUGUUCUGUCCAACCUUGGAGUUAGAGGAAUCAUGCCGUACAAUCUUUUUUUGUGUGUCUUAUAACCUUGCAUGUAUGCACACACACUCUCUUUAUGAAAGUGGGAGAUACCCUUAUACCAAUCCUGUCAUUUUUCUUAACAAAGUGUAGCCUUGCCUUCAUAGAUGCUUCUGCUCAGAGGGCCAGUCUGCAGCAGUUUUGUGUGUGUGCAAAAAUUUAGAGCAAACAUUUUCCCCCCACUGGUGAAUUACCAUUUUAUCAUAUAUUUAUGGUCCACCUCCUGGCCUGCGUGAAGCUGCUUAAGUUCUUGUACAUCUGUAAAGAAUCAUUUUUUCUCCCAGUGGAAGCUUUGUCAUUUGACCUCAUAAUUUUCCUUUUCUUGUAUAAACAUGUAUUUAGGUUUAUUAGUUCAUGCUAGAGGCUGAAGGAUAUCAAUACUGACUUGUCAUCACAUGCGUACACUACACUACACACACACACACACACACACACACACACACACACACACACACACACACGUAUGUACACGUUUGAGCAGUUGGGCCCAUCAAAGAUUUGAAAUGAGAUUGACCUACCUCCCAGAACUGUGGUGAAAUGGAUUUUGUGGUGAUGUGAUGCAAGCAUGUGUAUUAAAAGCAAUCUGAGUAAA